AUGACAACUCGACCACCACUUUCAACAGUUCUUCCACCUCUCAUCUGCGGUACUGCAACUUUCAAUAAUCAAUAUAAUGCCGAUCCCUUCAAACUCCCCACGAAUGCCAUCGUGCAAAGAGCUCUCGAAUCCGGCGUGAAUGCCUUCGAUACCUCUCCCUACUAUGGCCCCUCUGAAGAAAUCCUCGGCCGCGCCCUCCAACAACCACAAAUCCUCGCCCACCACCCCCGCUCCAGCUACCGCCUCAUAACAAAAUGCGGACGCAUCAGCAGUUCUGAAUUCGACUAUUCCCCCGCCUGGAUCCAACACUCGAUUUCGCGCUCCCUCACCCGCCUCCACACUUCCUACCUCGACGUCGUCUACCUCCACGACGUUGAAUUUGUAUCCGCCCCCGAAGUCCUCGAAGCCAUAAAAUGUCUGCGCGAACUCCAGGCCCAGGGCACCAUCCACUACAUAGGUAUCUCGGGGUAUCCCGUCCCCAUCCUCUGUGAUCUCGCCGAAAUGAUUUUGCACCAGACGGGAAGACCUCUAGAUUGCGUAAUGAGCUAUGCGAAUUUCACCAUCCAGAAUCACUCUUUAUACACAUCCGGGCUCGCGCGACUGCGUAAAUCAGGCGUGGAUUGCGUGCCCAAUGCCUCGGUUCUGGGAAUGGGACUUCUACGCAGCACAGGGGUGCCAAACAACGGGAAGGAGGAUUGGCAUCCGUCGCCUACGGAACUACGAUCACGAGUGCAAAAAGCUGCGCGCUGGGUAGAGGAACGCGGUGAGAGAUUAGAAGUUGUGGCUAUACGGUGGGGACUGGAACGGUGGGCGCUAGAUGGUAAAGUUGGGUCUGAACCCAUUGGUGUGUCUGUAAUGGGUGUGAGUAAUAUCGAAGAAUUUGAGGAAACGCUGAGGGUGUGGAAUAGCGUGUUGGAUGGGAUCCCUAUUUCUGGACGACAAGUGACGGAAUCGAAAAGACAAUGGAGUUUGAAAAGGAGGGAAGAGGUCGAAGAGUUAGCGAAAGGGAUUAGGGAGAUUCUUGGGGAUUAUCGUGAUUAUGCGUGGGCGAGUCCUGGGGAGGGAUUCGUGAAUACGAAGGUUGUCAAAGGGGUUGUGGAUGAAGUUGCGCCGAUGGCCAGGGUCGAGACCGGUGCUGUUAAUGGGGAAGAGAAGGCAGUUUUGAUUUCCACGGUUAGGGACUUGGGAAAGGAUAGUAGUAGACUCUGA